AUGCACAAAAUCUAUCUAUCUAUCUAUCUAUCUAUCUAUCUAUCUAUCUAUCUAUCUAUCUAUCUAUCUAUCUCAUACCGUUACUUCUCUGUCUCGGAUGAUUUCUAUCUAUCUAUCUAUCUAUCUAUCUAUCUAUCUAUCUAUCUAUCUAUCUAUCUCAUACCGUUACUUAUCUGUCUCGGGUGCUUUCUAUCUAUCUAUCUAUCUAUCUAUCUAUCUAUCUAUCUAUCUAAUCUAAUUCGGCGAAGAAAAGGAAAAAAGAAAAGUGACAUAUAUAAAAAUUUUAGCGUUCUACCUAAGUGCUUUCCUUCCCUCUCUUUUCUCCUCUCUCAUUUUUCCCUUUUGAUGCUUAUACGUCACUCUCUGAUUCUCCCCUCACUAUCAUUUUUCAAUCUGUCUACCGCACACGCGUAUACACAGCCACAGCCACGCACAUACCGGCUACAUUUAUUCUUUGAGAUUGCACUUACCUUUUCUUUCUCUUCCUUUGAUUUCUCACGCUUUUCAUUGUUUUGUCGAAAGGCGGUGAGGCAAAAGUAUUUAUCGAUAGUGCCCCUUUAUCUAUUGCUUUGCAUUUUCUCUUAUUCUUCUUCUUAUAUGUCUCUGAAAUCGGUUUUUCUGAACUUGAAUUUUCCAGUGCAGCCCCAAGUUUUUUCUACCUGA